AUGGGUUACCCCAAGUGCUCCAUGUCUCUGCUUUCAUGGCUAAGUUUGGUGGCCAUCAUCCUGCUUCAGUCCAUCAAUGGCACCAACACUGACUUCCCUGCUUACUCUUCUCAGCUCAAACUACAUCUCAACAUCUCGCAAGUGCAACUCAACAACCUUGCAGUUGCAUCUGAUGCUGGUAAACUCUUUGGUUGGAUCUCAGGCACCGCUGCAACUUAUCUUCCAUUACAGUUAGUUCUUUCCAUUGGUGGAACUCUUGGUUUGAUAGGCUAUGGCAUUGAAUACCUAUUCCUAGUUAACAAGAUAUCUCAUAUCUCCUAUUUAGAGGUCUUCAUGCUUAAUAUGAUGGCUGGAAAUAGCAUCUGUUGGAUUAACACCGUGUGUUACCUAGCAUCCAUGAUGAAGUUCCCAGUUGAUAAUGCCAUAGUGGUGGGACUUGCCACAAGCUAUCAAGGUUUAAGUGCCAAAGUCUACAUCGCCAUGGCUCAAGUGAUACGUGGAAACAACAAAGACCCUAGCAACAAGAGCAUAUACUUGUUGCUAAACUCGGUGGUGCCCAUGUUAUCUAGUUUGAUAUUGAUCCCAUUCUUCAAAGAAACAGAGCCAGCAGUGUCUAGGAACAGAACCGGUCUUGUGAUUUUGUUCAUGAUAGCUUGUUUAACAGGAGCAUAUGCUGUAGUGGAGACUAUGGUCAGUACAAAGAGAGUGUUGUCAUUCAUGUUAUUAAUCAUGGUGAUGUUGGUGUUUAUGGUGCCAUUGAUGAAGGUUGCAGGGUGGUUGAGAGAGAGAGGAUGUAAGCCAGUGAGAGUGGUUGGGGAUGUGCAGAUGAGUUCAGUGAUGGUGGAGAACUUUGGUGGUGCAUCAUCAAUGGAGGGAGAGGAGGCUGAUCAGGAGAUUGGAAUAAAGGUGACAAGGGUUGGAGAUGAGCAUGGGGUGAGGGAAUUGAUGAAAAGCUUGGAUUUUUGGCUCUACUUUGUGGUGUAUUUGUGUGGACCUACAUUGGGAUUGGUGUAUGGGAACAACUUAGGCCAGAUUGCUGCUUCACGUAGUGUUUCUGAAACUCUUCUGGUGUCCAUUUCUUCUUCUUUUGUUUUCUUUGGCAAGCUCAGCUCUGCUCCCUUGUCAGCUCUCUCCAGCAGGAGUAGAUACAUGAUAACAAAAACAGCAACAGUGGCAGCACUAAUGGCACCAAUGCCAUGGUCCUUCUUCUUGGUUAUAAAUCCUAGUAAGGCAUGUCUUUUCAUAAGCACAGCCAUGGUGGGCAUGUGUUCAGGGGCUAUUACCUCCAUUGCUGUCUCCAUGACCUCUGAAUUGUUUGGACAAAAACACUUUGGUGUGAAUCACAACAUUGUGGUGGCAAACAUUCCCAUAGGUUCAUUUCUCUUUGGCUACAUAGCUGCAUGUAUCUAUGAUGUACAAGAAAGGGAGCAUGGUGUCUGCAUCGGAAGCAAGUGUUUUCAUAAAACUUUCAUUGUGUGGGGCUCUAUCUGCUCUUUAGGGGCCAUUCUUAGCUUUGUUUUAUAUUUUAGAACAAGACAAUUCUUAUUGAAAAACAAAUGA